GAAAAGAAAAGACAACAAAAGAAGUUGAAUUCUAAAACUAAAAGUCAGUCUCGGCGACUCUCCAUCCUCCAUUUGCGGACCUUGAGAUAGUUUUGUUCUUAGUUUGUCUCGAUGCCCAGUCGACGGAGGCAUAGCUACACAGGCGGAUCUUCACCUGCAACAUCUUCGUACAGCACAACUAGUACUACUCUUCCUGAUCGUUCUCCAGCUCCUUCCUCCACCACCACCGACAGACAAGCACCUAACUCCCUCGCUCGCUGGAUCUCAGGGAUCUUCAUCAACUGCUUCACUCCUCCCGGUUCCGUUUCCUCCAAGAGUUUCAACGACUCCGAACAUGAUAUUCGUAGUAGACGGAGCUCAACAGGAAGUGUGCAGAAACAUUAUUAUGGAAACGGCAACGGGAACAACGGGAACGAAACAGAGAAUCAGAAUCAAAGAUUCAGCUUCGAUGAAAUCUACGCGGCCACCAAGAACUUCUCCCCUUCCUUCAGGAUCGGACAAGGAGGUUUCGGCACUGUUUACAAGGUCAAACUUAGAGAUGGCUCCACCGUUGCUGUCAAACGUGCCAAAAAGAGUUUACACGACGACCGUCAAGGUGCAGAGUUCAUGAGCGAGAUUAAGACAUUGGCUCAAGUCACACAUUUGAGUUUGGUCAAAUACUAUGGUUAUUUGGUGCACAAUGACGAGAAGCUUCUCGUUGUGGAGUAUGUCCCCAAUGGAAACCUCAGAGAUCACUUGGACUGUAAGGAUGGAAAGACUCUCGACAUGGCAACUCGGCUUGAUAUCGCUACUGAUGUUGCUCAUGCCAUUACCUAUCUUCACAUGUACACGCAGCCACCUAUCAUCCACAGAGACAUCAAAUCUUCAAACAUUCUCCUCACUGACAACUUCAGAGCCAAAGUUGCUGAUUUCGGUUUCGCCAGAUUAGCUCCAGAUUCCGAAUCAGGAGCCACUCAUGUCUCCACACAAGUCAAAGGAACCGCUGGUUACUUAGACCCUGAAUAUUUAACUACUUAUCAGCUCACUGAGAAAAGCGACGUCUACUCCUUCGGUGUACUCCUCGUCGAGCUUCUCACUGGUCGCCGUCCCAUUGAGCUUCACAGAGAACAAAAAGAACGCAUCACCAUUCGAUGGGCCAUCAAGAAGUUCACGAGUGGGGAUACGAUAUCGGUUUUGGACCCGAAGCUAGAACGAAAUCCAUCUAACAACUUAGCACUAGAGAAGGUACUGGAGAUGGCGUUUCAAUGUCUGGCUCCUCAUAGAGGUUCGAGACCGAGCAUGAAGAAAUGCAGUGAGAUUCUUUGGGGAAUCCGUAAAGAUUACAGAGAGCUGCUCAACACUAGUCUUUGAGAUCCUUCUCUCUGCCCUCUAUAUAAAGAAAAUGUAUUGGGUUCCCCUGUCUCUAGCAAACUAUCUAUUUGUCACACACGAUGAUUCUUGUGCGAGAAAUGUUGAUUUGAAGUUUGUUUUCUGCUUUGAAAUC